GGGGCAGCAAAUGGACAGGGUGGGUGGCGGAAAAGGGCCCGGGGGAAGUUAUUACAGGGAGUCCUCUUCCGGCGCCAGAGGCCGGAAGUUGUGUCCCAGACGAGUCAACCGGGGUCUGAGUUCUCAGAAUACAGCUGCAACCGCGACCAUGGGCGGGAAGAACAAGCAGCGAACUAAAGGGAACCUGAGGCCGUCAAACAGUGGCCGAGCUGCAGAACUCCUUGCCAAAGAACAGGGAACAGUGCCUGGAUUUAUUGGUUUUGGAACAUCUCAGAGUGACCUAGGCUAUGUUCCUGCUAUUCAAGGAGCUGAAGAAAUUGACAGUCUUGUAGAUUCUGAUUUCCGAAUGGUGCUGCGGAAGCUUUCAAAGAAAGAUGUCACCACAAAAUUAAAAGCUAUGCAGGAAUUUGGAACCAUGUGUACAGAGAGAGACACAGAAACUGUGAAAGGUGUUCUUCCAUAUUGGCCAAGAAUUUUUUGCAAAAUUUCACUUGAUCAUGACCGUCGGGUCCGAGAAGCCACACAACAAGCUUUUGAAAAACUUAUCCUUAAAGUAAAGAAACAGUUGGCUCCCUACUUAAAAAGUUUAAUGGGAUAUUGGCUAAUGGCUCAAUGUGAUACUUAUACACCGGCUGCGUUUGCAGCAAAAGAUGCAUUUGAAGCGGCUUUUCCUCCAAGCAAGCAACCUGAAGCCAUAGCAUUUUGUAAGGAUGAAAUUACAAGUGUGCUGCAGGAUCAUCUUAUAAAAGAAACACCUGAUACACUCAGUGACCCGCAAACUGUUCCAGAGGAAGAAAGAGAAGCUAAAUUCUACCGGGUUGUAACUUGUUCCUUAUUGGCAUUAAAGAAAUUGCUUUGCCUUUUACCUGAUAAUGAACUUGAUUCUCUGGAGGAGAAAUUUAAGUCUCUUUUAUCACAGAAUAAGUUUUGGAAGUAUGGAAAACACAGCGUACCUCAGAUUCGCUCAGCUUAUUUUGAGUUAGUUUCUGCGUUGUGCCAGCGCAUUCCACAGCUGAUGAAAGAGGAAGCAUCCAAAGUGAGCCCAUCGGUUCUACUUAGCAUUGAUGACAGUGACCCAAUUGUCUGCCCAGCUCUCUGGGAAGCUGUACUCUAUACACUUACAACUAUUGAGGACUGUUGGCUUCAUGUAAAUGCAAAAAAGAGUGUGUUUCCCAAGCUAUCAACUGUGAUUCGUGAAGGUGGUCGGGGUCUAGCUACUGUCAUAUAUCCUUACCUUCUGCCAUUCAUCAGCAAGCUCCCUCAGUCCAUCACAAAUCCAAAGUUGGAUUUUUUCAAAAAUUUCCUCACGUCUCUAGUUACUGGGUUGUCAACAGAGAGAACUAAAACCAGCUCUUCAGAGUCGUUGGCAGUAAUAUCUGCGUUUUUUGAAUGCUUACGUUUUAUAAUGCAGCAAAACUUAGGUGAGGAAGAAAUUGAACAGAUGCUCAUCAAUGAUCAGUUGAUCCCUUUUAUUGAUGCAGUUCUCAAAGACCCAGGGUUGCAACAUGGGCAGCUAUUUAACCAUUUAGCAGAAACUCUAAGUUCCUGGGAAGCCAAAGCAGACACGGAAAAAGAUGAAAAAACAGCUCACAACUUGGAGAACGUACUGAUACAUUUCUGGGAAAGACUGUCAGAGAUCUGUGUCGCGAAAAUCAAUGAACCAGAAGCUGAUGUUGAGUUGGUUUUGGGUGUAUCUAACCUAUUACAGGUGCUUCAGAAGCCGAAUAGCUCAUUGAAGUCAAAUAAAAAAAAAAAUGGUAAGGUUAGAUUUGCUGAUGAGAUACCUGAAAGCAAUAAGGAGAAUGAAAAAUGUGUAUCUUCAGAAGGAGAGAACACUGAAGGCUGGGAAUUAACAACUGAACCUUCUCUCACUCAUGAUUCUUCAGGCCUUUUGUCUCCGCUAAGGAAAAAACCUUUGGAAGACUUAGUCUGUAAACUCGCAGAUAUAAGUAUCAAUUAUGUCAAUGAACAAAAGUCAGAGCAACAUCUAAGGUUUCUUUCUACUCUGCUUGACUCCUUUUCUUCAAGCCGAGUAUUUAAAAUGCUACUUGGUGAUGAAAAACAGAGUAUUGUCCAAGCCAAACCUCUUGAAAUAGCCAAACUUGCACAAAAAAAUCCUGCAGUGCAGUUUUUAUACCAGAAACUGAUAGGCUGGCUAAAUGAAGAUCAAAGGAAGGAUUUUGGGUUCCUGGUGGACAUUUUGUACAGUGCUCUCCGGUGCUGUGACAAUGAUAUGGAAAGAAAAAAAGUCUUGGAUGAUCUAACCAAGGUGGACCUGAAAUGGAAUUCUCUUCUUAAGAUUAUUGAAAAGGCAUGUUCUAGUUCAGAUAAACAUGCUUUAGUAACUCCUUGGCUAAAAGGCGAUAUCCUUGGUGAGAAAUUGGUCAAGUUGGCAGAUUGUCUUUGUAAUGAGGACUUGGAAUCCAGGGUAUCUUCAGAACCUUACUUCUCAGAAAGAUGGACUCUUCUAAGCUUGGUAUUAUCCCAACAUGUUAAAAAUGAUUACUUGAUUGGAGAUGUAUACGUUGAAAGAAUUAUUGUUAAACUUCAUGAAACUUUGUUCAAAACAAAGGAAUCAUCAGAAGCUGAAAAUAGUGACUCAUCAGUGUCUUUUAUCUGUGAUGUGGCCUAUAACUAUUUCAGCUCAGCGAAAGGAUGCUUGCUAAUGCCAUCAUCUGAAGAUUUAUUAUUAACUCUCUUUCAGUUAUGUGCCCAGAGCAAAGAAAAAACACAUUUGCCAGAUUUUCUUAUCUGUAAACUGAAAAAUACUUGGCUCUCCGGUGUAAAUUUAUUGGUUCAUCAAACUGACAGUUCAUAUAAAGAGAGUACCUUCCUGCAUUUGUCUGCUGUGUGGCUGAAGAACCAAGUUCAGGCUUCAUCUUUGGAUAUCAACAGUCUCCAAGUCCUCUUGUCUGCUGUUGAUGAUUUGCUAAAUACACUUCUAGAGAGUGAAGAUUCUUAUCUUAUGAGAGUUUAUAUUGGAAGUGUAAUGCCGAAUGACAGUGAAUGGGAAAAGAUGAGACAGUCUCUUCCUAUGCAGUGGUUACAUAGACCUCUUUUAGAGGGAAGAUUGAGUUUGAAUUAUGAAUGUUUCAAAACAGAUUUUAAGGAACAGGACAUAAAGACACUUCCCAGCCAUUUGUGUACUUCAGCAUUAUUGAGCAAAAUGGUCUUAAUUGCACUGAGAAAGGAAAUAGUCUUAGAAAAUAAUGAGCUUGAGAAAAUAA